AUGGUGAAAGCCAAGCGCGACAAGGCUCCCAAGGACACCCGCAAGCCCAAGCACUCGGGCGAUGCCAACCGCGCCAACAAGCAGAGCAAGAAUGGCCUGCGCGACGCGUCCACGGCACGUGGGGGCUGCCAUGGGGGGCUGCCUGUGGCAGCGGCACGUGCGGUGCGGCGCCUGGAGAUGUACAAGAGCCGCGCCAAGCGGGACAAGAAGGGGCGCAUCAUCUCUCGCGAGUUCCAGUCCAAGGAGCUGCCCAGCACCCGCAUCCAGCCCGACCGCCGCUGGUUUGGCAACACGCGCGUGAUUGGGCAGAAGCAGCUGGAGGCGUUCCGAGAGGAGAUGGGGGCCAAGGUGGCCGACCCGUAUGCGGUGUGCAGCGUGGCCCCCAUCCCCGGCGAGACCAAGGUGUGGCAGUACAUCACCCUCAUGAAGCGCAUCUUCCUCAUCGACUGCCCGGGCGUGGUGUACAACAAGACCGACGACAGCCAGUCGGACAUUGUGCUCAAGGGCGUGGUGCGGGUGGAGAACCUGGAGGAUGCCACGGAGCAUGUGGGCCCCGUGCUGGAGCGGGUGAAGCCCGAGUACCUGCGCCGCGCCUACAAGGCGGCGUCCUGGAGCGGCGUGGAGGACUUCCUGGGGCAGGUGGCGCGACAGACAGGCAAGCUGGGCAAGGGCGGCGAGCCCGACCUCAACACCGCCGCGCGCAUGGUGCUGUACGACUGGCAGCGCGGCAAGAUCCCCUUCUUCACGCUGCCGCCGGGGCACACAGACGAGAAGCCCGGCAGGGGCGGCGACGCCGACGGCGACGCGGCGGCGGCGGCUGCUGCUGCUGCUGAGGGCGGCCAGGCAGCGCCGCUGGCGGCGGAGGCGGUGACCGAGGAGGAUGCCAAGGCGGCGGUGGACGGCGACCCGGAGAAGGCGGCGGCGGCGGCGCGCGCGCUGGCGGCCGACGCGGCGGCGGCCGCCGCCAAGCAGCGGCGGCUGGCCAUCCCCGUGCAGCAGGGCUUCUUCACGCCUGCAGACGCGGGGGAGGAGGAGGAGGGGGAGGAGGAGGGGGCCGGCUACGAGUCGGAUGUGAUCAGCAGCGGCAGCGAGGAGGAGGAGGAGGAGGAGGAGGAGGAGGGCAGCCCCCGGGGCCCCGGCGACAGCGCCAGCAGCGGCGAGGGGGAGAGCGGGGACGAAGAGGAUGGCGACGGCAGCAGCGAGCAGGCAUCGGGCAGCGGCAGCAGCGAGGAUGAGGAUGAUGAGGAUGAGGAUGAUGCGGGGUACGAUGACCAGGAGCUGAGCUGGGAGGCGGUCAUGGCGGUCAUGCAGGGCGGCGCGCCAGCGCAGGAGGACGAGGACGGCGGCGAGGGCGCCGCCGCGGCGGCGGUGGCAGGCAGCAAGCGCAAGCGGAAACAGCGGUGA